AUGAAAAGAGCGACAUUUGACUUUCUAUGUACAAAGUUAUAUGACAAACUGCAAAGAAGCUCGGUGGUGCGAGAAGCCUUAUCUGUAGAACACAGAGUUGGAGUCGCCAUAUACUUCCUUGCAUCUACUGCGGAGUACAGAACAAUUGGAAACUUGUUCGGAAUCCACGAGUCUACUGUGCAUUCUUGCGUGCAUGAUGUUUGUGAUGCAAUAGUUGCUCUACUCUUUCCAGCGUUCGUGACCUUUCUGAAGGGCCAAGGAUUGAAAGAGAUCAUCCGUGGCUUCCAGGAAACGUGGAACUUUCCUAACUGUGCUGGCGCCAUUGAUGCCACGCACAUUCCCAUUAUUGCCCCAAAAGAAGAUCACGCAGACUAUGUAAACAGAAAGGGAUGGUACUCGAUCAUACUGCAAGCAGUAUGUGACCAUAGAUACCGCUUUACUGACAUCUGUAUCGGAUGGCCAGGCCGUGUCCACGAUGCGAGAGUUUUCGCCAAUUCUCAGCUCAUGGCGCAGGCAGUAAAUGGGAACUUGUUACCAUCAUCACCAGAAUGGACACAGGCCGUAGGACCUACAGAUGACAACGUCGACAUGCCAGUGGUCCUCAUUGAUGACGCAGCAUACCCGAUAUUUACUGAAGAAGAACACACAUUCAACUACCACCUGAGCAAAGCGCGAAUGACAAUCGAAAAUUCAUUUGGACGCCUUAAGGGUCGCUAGAGGCGCUUUCUCAAGAGACUGGAUUUGGACAUCAGCUAUGUCCCCAAUUUAGUGACCGCCGCAGUGACCCUACACAACAUCUGCGAAACUACUGGAGACAUAUUUGACGACAGAUGGAUGGAUCGAGUAAUCGCGAUGAAUGUUCAUCAACCUGAACCAUACCAAAUGAGAGCUCAGCCAAUGGACGGCAAGGAAAUUAGACGCUUACUUUCACGUCAGUUUACUGAAGAACGCUAA